CCUCCUUCAUUGGAAAUAUCGAAACUCUCUUGACACUUUUUUAAUUAUUUUUAUUUUUAUUUAUUUCUUUGUUCUCAUCGCCACUUUUCUCAAUCUCCUCCUUUACAUCUCUCCAACUCCACAUUUUCUUUGUGUUUCUGUUUCUAGUAUUUUGGAUCUGUUUUUGUUUCCUUUUUUGGGUCCAAAAAUACAGAGACUUUUUUAUCAAUGGCUGCCAUCUCUGUUCCUUGUCCCAAGAUCUCUGUUGUUGGUGCUGCCGCUAGAACACAACAACAGAAUCAAAAGCAAGUGAAAGUGGAAGUCCUUUCAUUUCGCAAUGCUUCCAAGGCCAAGCCUUCAUUGUCAUUUGCUUCUGCUUUUUCUGGGCUUCAGAGCUCUAGCAGGAAGCAGUUUGCUCUCCGGACAGCACAUGCCAAGCUAAAUGAGGUUAUUGCCGAGAAGCCUUCAAACUCUGCCCCAGUAAAUGACAAGCCCAAGUCUGAAGUUGCAUCAUCAGAAGGAAAUGUUGAAUCUGCAGAAAAGAAAAUUCCUAAUGCAUCAUCAGUUUCAGCAUUCAUGACUCAAGUAUCUGACCUCAUCAAGCUUGUGGAUUCGAGGGAUAUUAUGGAGCUACAAAUGAAGCAAUAUGACUGUGAGCUGACAAUAAGGAAAAAGGAAGCUUUGCUGCAACCACCACCUGUUGUCUCAAUGCCACCUGCUAUGUCCCAUUUAAUGUAUGCUCCACCUCCGCCUGCAGCCUCGGCUCCUGCUGCUGCUGCAAGCCCAGCUGCUUCUGCACCAGCACCUGCUUUACCUGCCCCACCAAAGCCAGCCCAAUCAUCUCACCUUCCACUGAAAUGCCCCAUGGCCGGUACCUUUUAUCGAAGCCCUGCACCUGGAGAACCACCUUUCGUUAAGGUUGGAGAUAAGGUGCAGAAAGGUCAGGUCAUUUGCAUCAUUGAGGCCAUGAAAUUAAUGAAUGAAAUUGAAGCUGAUCAAUCUGGAACCAUAGCUGAGGUAUUAGUUGACGAUGGAAAACCGGUCAGCAUAGACACACCUCUUUUCCUAAUUGUACCCUAAACAAUCGGCAAGCACCUUCAUGGAACAUGGUGGGAAUACAAACUGUAUCCCGAGGCUUCAUCAUAAUAGGGUUCUUUAAUAUCCAGUCCUGUUGCAAAUUCAGCUUUUGUUGAGAGUAAAGUUCAUUUUAACAUAAUAUGUUUAAUUUAUCAUAUAUGUUUUAUGUUUAGGAAGUAGACAGGAAUUUUACAUGUAGGAGAUUUGAGUUACUCAGACAUGGUUGAUGCUAGUUCUCCUUUGGAAUUGUAAUACAUGGAUUCAAUCUUCUAAGCCAA